CUAACCCUCAACAGCACACUAAUGUUGAAAAGCCUCAGCAAGUCUACUUUCGACCCCUGCUACAAUCCGUUUAUCACCAACUGGGUCAAACACAUAUUCGCUGCUUGGAUUACACGUAUAGGACAGUUUGUCUGGAUACGACCUACUUUCCUGGACCGAAACACAACACGGACUGUGUAAAAUAAUAUCAAGACCAUCCGCUCCGGCUUGGUGGAUCGCAAUUCCCAUCCUCACCAGUGGCCGCAUUCUAUUAUGGUGGAGCUCCCGUAGAUAUAUAUAGCCGUGCUUCAAAGUUAUCUAUAGACAGCAGCAUGCCAGGUUCUCUGAAAGGUCUUGUUGCCUUGGUAACAGGUGCAACAAGUGGCAUAGGCCUGGGCAUCGCGCACAGUCUGGCCAGGAGGGGUUGCAGCAUCGUCGUGAAUGGACUUGGGGAUGCGAAGCUGUUCGCGGAAAUCAAGGAGGACUUUGUGAAGCAACACGGGGUUGACACACAUUUUUCAGGGGAGAAUCUCGCGAAGCUGAGCGAGAUACAGAAACUACACGGCGAUGUCAUUAAACUCUACCCUAGGGGAGUGGACAUACUGGUAAAUAACGCAGGGUUCCAGCAUGUGUGCCCUGUUGAGAGUUUCCCGACAGAGAAGUGGGAUUCCAUGAUAGCGGUGAUGCUGACAGCUCCGUUCCACCUGACUCAGAUGUUCCUGCCGCACAUGAGAACCAAAGGAUGGGGGCGCAUCAUCAACAUGUCUUCGUGCCAUGGUCACGUGGCUUCAGCCAACAAAUCAGCGUACGUCUCCGCAAAACAUGGCAUCAUAGGACUUACUAAGACGGUUGCCAUAGAGACGGCUGGUUCCGGCGUCACAUGUAACGCCAUUUGUCCUGGUUAUGUUGAAACACCGUUGUUUAUAAAGCAGGCUGAGGAUAGAUCUCGAGACCAGGGAAUCACAUUAGAACAAGCAAAGGCUCAAAUUGUCAGCGUACAUGCUUCCGGACAGCCUGUCAAGCUGGAACAUAUCGGUGAAAUGGCAGCGUUUCUGUGUUCCCCCGCGGCUGACCAAAUGACCGGAGCUUCCCUCGUUGUGGACGGAGGAUGGACCGCGCAGUGAAUUGUCGUUGUCAUAGAAACUAUUUUGUUCACUCCACAUAGGAAUUCUCUGGGAAAAAGUUCUGUCUUCGAGUGGUUUAUGCGGAGAUUGGGCGGACAUGGUUUUAGUGAUGUGUGAAGAUCACAUGAAUACAAGAUGUUCGAAUUUUCUUGUCAAAAUCCAAAUGUCAGUGAGACAGUUUGAAAGUAGUUCCGGCAGUCAAUGAGAUAGACUGAAAGUAGUUCCGGCAGUCAAUGAGAUAGACUGAAAGUAGUUCCGGCAGUCAAUGAGGCAGACUGAAAGUAGUUCCGGCAGUCAAUGAGGUAGACUGAAAGUAGUUCCGGCAGUCAAUGAGAUAGACUGAAAGUAGUUCCGGUAGUCAAUGAGGUUGACUGAAAGUAGCUCCGGCAGUCAAUGAGAUAGACUGAAAGUAGUUCCGGCAGUCAGUGAGGCAGACUGAAAGUAGUUCCGGCAGUCAGUGAGGUAGACUGCAAGUAAUUCGGACUCAAAGUGUUAUUUUAAUUUUAAAUGUUCAAAUAAAUUUAGUAUUUCA